AUAGAGGCUGAUUCUUUAUUCCAAUGCUGAAAAGAACUAAUAAAAAUAAUCACUUGGCUUUUAAGCAGAAAGCUUCCAUUUACAGUAUUUCACCCUACCCCCCCCCCAAGCCUCUUGUUAUCUAACAUAAUGGUUAGAAUACAUUUCCGUCUCUCCCCUUAAUAAUUUCAUGCAUUAACAUCCUCUUCACACCACACACACACACACACACACACACACACACACACACACACACACACACACACAGCAAAAGGGAAAAGGCACCAGAAAUCUCAGCUGUACUUCUAGCCCUUUUAAAAAGUUUGCUCUGUAAAUUAGAAUGAGGUCAGAUUUGGAGCUUCUCAUUGCACGCGGAGAUUAUUAUUGCAUCGGGUUCCAAGCCAAUGGGAAGCCCGGGGGAGGGGCUUGGCAUGAGGAAGCGUUGGUUACAGCGGCUGAUUGGCUGCGGCCAAGACUGUGAAAGGAUAAAGAGGCGCGAGGCGGAAUUGGGGUCUGCUCUAAGCUGCAGCAAGAGAAACUGAGUGUGAGGGGAAGAGGCCUGUUUCGCUCCCGGGUCUCUAUUUCUUGCACGCUCUUUUAAGAGUCUGCAUUGGAGGAACUCUGCCAUUACCAGCUCCCUUCUUGCAGAAGGGAGGAGGAAACAUACAUUUAUUCAUGCCAGUCUGUUGCAUGCAGGCUUUUUGGCUUCCUACCUUGCAACAAAAUAAUUGCACAAACUCCUUAGUGCCGAUUCCGCCCACAGAGAGUCCUGGAGCCAGAGUCUUUUUUGCUUUGCAUUGUAGGAAGGGGACUAAGUGAUAGAGACUAUGUCGCUUUCCUGAGCUACCGAGAGCGCUCGUGAAUUGGAAACAACUGCUUCAGGGGGGAAAAAAGACUUGCCUGGGAGGCCGCGAGAAAACUUGCAUUGGAAGCUUCAGCAACCAGCAUUCAAGAAACUCCUCUCCAAUUUAGCCCGGUCUCCAGACUCAGAGCCGAGAACCAGAGCAAACUGCAGCGCGGUGAGAGAGCGAGAGAGAGGGAGAGAAAGACUCUCCAGCCUGGGAACUAUAACUCGUCUGCGAGAGGCAGAAUACUCCUUCCCCGCAUCUUUUGGGGACUUUUCUCUCUUCGCCCACCUCCGCCCCUGCCAGGAGUUGAGGGGCCAGUUCGGCCGCCGCGCGUGUCCGCUCGCUAGGCGUGUGUUUGGCCCGGGGAGCCGGGAGGGCCCGGCGAUCGCGCCGCGGCCGCCGCGAGGGUGUGAGCGCGCGUGGGCGCCCGCCGAGCCGGGGCCAUGGUGCAGCAAACCAACAACGCCGAGAACACGGAAGCGCUGCUGGCCGGCGAGAGCUCGGACUCGGGCGCCGGCCUCGAGCUGGGCAUCGCCUCCUCCCCCACGCCCGGGUCCACCGCCUCCACGGGCGGCAAGGCCGACGACCCGAGCUGGUGCAAGACGCCGAGCGGGCACAUCAAGCGGCCCAUGAAUGCCUUCAUGGUGUGGUCGCAGAUCGAGCGGCGCAAGAUCAUGGAGCAGUCGCCCGACAUGCACAACGCCGAGAUCUCCAAGCGACUGGGCAAACGCUGGAAGCUGCUCAAAGACAGCGACAAGAUCCCUUUCAUUCGGGAGGCGGAGCGGCUGCGCCUCAAGCACAUGGCUGACUACCCCGACUACAAGUACCGGCCCAGGAAGAAGGUGAAGUCCGGCAACGCCAACUCCAGUUCCUCGGCCGCCGCCUCCUCCAAGCCGGGGGAGAAGGGAGACAAGGUCGGUGGCAGCGGCGGGGGCGGCCACGGGGGCGGCGGCGGUGGCGGGAGCAGCAACGCGGGGGGAGGAGGCGGCGGCGCGAGCGGCGGCGGCGCCAACUCCAAACCGGCUCAGAAAAAGAGCUGCGGCUCCAAAGUGGCGGGCGGCGCGGGCGGCGGGGUCAGCAAACCGCACGCCAAGCUCAUCCUGGCGGGCGGCGGCGGCGGCGGCGGCAGCGGGAAAGCAGCGGCCGCCGCCGCCGCCUCCUCCUUCGCCUCCGAGCAGGCGGGGGCCGCCGCCCUGCUGCCCCUGGGCGCCGCUGCGGCCGCCGACCACCACUCGCUGUACAAGGCGCGGACUCCCAGCGCCUCGGCCUCGGCCUCCGCGGCGGCCUCGGCCUCCGCCGGCCUCGCCGCGCCGGGCAAGCACCUGGCCGAGAAGAAGGUGAAGCGCGUCUACCUGUUCGGCGGCCUGGGCGCGUCGUCGCCCGUCGGCGGCGUGGGCGCGGGCGCCGACCCCAGCGACCCCCUGGGCCUGUACGAGGAGGGGGGCGCGGGCUGCUCGCCCGACGGGCCGAGCCUGAGCGGCCGCAGCAGCGCCGCCUCGUCGCCCGCCGCCGGCCGCUCGCCCGCUGACCACCGCGGCUACGCCAGCCUGCGCGCCGCCUCGCCCGCCCCGUCCAGCGCGCCCUCGCACGCGUCCUCCUCGGCCUCGUCCCACUCCUCCUCCUCCUCUUCCUCCUCCUCCUCCUCGGGCUCCUCGUCCUCCGACGACGAGUUCGAAGACGACCUGCUCGACCUGAACCCCAGCUCAAACUUUGAGAGCAUGUCCCUGGGCAGUUUCAGCUCGUCGUCGGCGCUGGACCGGGACCUGGAUUUUAACUUCGAGCCCGGCUCCGGCUCGCACUUCGAGUUCCCGGACUACUGCACGCCCGAGGUGAGCGAGAUGAUCUCGGGAGACUGGCUCGAGUCCAGCAUCUCCAACCUGGUCUUCACCUACUGAAAGGCGCGUGGGCAGGGAGCAGAAGGGCCGGGGUGGGGGGCAAGAGAGAAGAAAAAAAAAAAGAAGAAGAAGAAGAAGAAGAGGAAGAAGAAGACAGAUGAAGAGUUGAAAGAGAAAAGGGAAAAAGAAAAAAAAAAGAAAAGAAAAAAAAAGUGAGCAGGGCUGGCUUGGGCCGCGUCCUCGUCGUCGGAGAGGAGCGCGGCAGCGUUUGGGACCCGCGCUCCCAUCCCCCCACCUCCCCGGGCCGGGGACCCACUCGGUCCAGCCGGAGGGACGCGGAGGAGGCGGAGGGUAGACAGGGGCGACCUUUUAUUGUUGUUAUUGAUGUUGUUGUUGAUGGCAAAAAAGCUACUUCGAGUUUCCUCCCCUUUGCUUGAAGAGACCCCCCCUUCCCCUUCCAACGAGCUUCCGGACUUGUCUGCACCCCCAGCAAGAAGCCGAGUUAGUUUGCUAGAGACUGAAGGAAUCUCUCCCCUGUCGCAUCGCCACCCUGGUGUUUUUGGUUUUUGGUCAAGAGAAGGUGGCGUGAGGGGAGGUGGAAUCCAGCGCGCCCCCUCCCUUGUUUUUCUUUUCUUUCUUUUCUUUUUUCUUUUUUUGGAAAUGCCUGAUGAAGACAGAAGGCUCCGGGGUGAUGAAUUUGGCGGAUGGCAGAUGUUUUGGGGGAGCGCCGAGGACUGAGAGACUCCACGCUGGCGAAUUCUCGUUUGGGGUUUUUCUUGUUUUAUGUUCGUUUUUUUUUUUUUUCUUUGUUUCUUUUUUUUUUUUUUUCCUUGCCCCUGCAGCUGGAGGAGGAGAUGUUGAGGGGAGGAGGCCAGCCAGAGGGACCGGCGCUAGGACGUGACCCGAGAGCCUAGCUGGAAGCCGCAGCAGCCAGGGCGAGGGCGGGGGCAGAGAAGGACGCGGACUGGAAGGGGCUCACGAUCAAACCGAAACGGAUUUGCACGUUCGGGAGCGGGCGGCGGCGGCCCCUGGGCCUCCGCCUUCUUUCUCUAUGAAAUCGGUGAGGUGUAAAUGAGAAGACGUGUUUUUUUCCCUCACCGAUGCUCCAUCCUCGUAUUUUUUUUUCCUUGUAAAUGUAAUCAGAUGCCAUUUUAUAUGUGGACGUAUUUAUACUGGCCAAACAUUAUUUUUUUCUUAUUUUGUCCCUUUUUUCUUUCCUUUUGCUUUCUUUUCUUUCUUUUUACUUUCUUUAUUUCUUCCUUCCUUCCUUUUUUCUUCUUUCUUUCUUUUCUUUCUUUCUUUUUUUUUUUUUUUGGUAGUAGUUGUUACCCACGCCAUUUUACGUCUCCUUCACUGAAGGGCUAGAGUUUUAACUUUUAAUUUUUUAUAUUUAAAUGUAGACUUUUGACACUUUUAAAAAACAAAAAAAGACAAGAGAGAUGAAAACGUUUGAUUAUUUUCUCAGUGUAUUUUUGUAAAAAAUAUAUAAAGGGGGUGUUAAUCGGUGUAAAUCGCUGUUUGGAUUUCCUGAUUUUAUAAUAGGGCGGCUGGUUAAUAUCUCACACAGUUUUGAAAAAUCAGCCCCUAAUUUCUCCAUGUUUACACUUCAAUCUGCAGGCUUCUUAAAGUGACAGUAUCCCUUAACCUGCCACCAGUGUCCACCCUCCGACUCCAGUCUUGUAAAAGGGGGAGGAGAAAUAGCCAAACACUGUAUGCUUUUAAGAAAAACAGAUUUUUAAACGAAAUACUGUUCUGUCCAGAGGCUUUAAAACUGGGGCAUUUACGGCAAAAAGGGAUCCUGUAGCUUUAACUUGUAAACCACAUCUUUUUUGCACUUUUUUUAUAAGCAAAAACGUGCCGUUUAAACCACUGGAUCUAUCUAAAUGCCGAUUUGAGUUCGCGACACUAUGUACUGCGUUUUUCAUUCUUGUAUUUGACUAUUUAAUCCUUUCUACUUGUCGCUAAAUAUAAUUGUUUUAGUCUUAUGGCAUGAUGAUAGCAUAUGUGUUCAGGUUUAUAGCUGUUGUGUUUAAAGAUUGAAAAAAGUGGAAAACAUCUUUGUACAUUUAAGUCUGUAUUAUAAUAAGCAAAAAGAUUGUGUGUAUGUAUGUUUAAUAUAACAUGACAGGCACUAGGACGUCUGCCUUUUUAAGGCAGUUCCGUUAAGGGUUUUUGUUUUUAAACUUUUUUUUGCCAUCCAUCCUGUGCAAUAUGCCGUGUAGAAUAUUUGUCUUAAAAUUCAAGGCCACAAAAACAAUAUUUGGGGGAAAAAAAGAAAAAAAAUCAUGCCAGCUAAUCAUGUCAAGUUCACUGCCUGUCAGAUUGUUGAUAUAUACCUUCUGUAAAUAACUUUUUUUGAGAAGGAAAUAAAAUCAGCUGGAACUGAACCCUAAA